AUGAAGCUUUCGUGCGCCCUUGUCGCCGGUAUGGCUCUGGCAGCCACCAUGGCCGAGGCCACUUCCGGCUUUGAACGCCGGCAGAGCUGUGAUUUGCCUUCCACCUACCGCUGGACGUCCUCUGCCAUUCUCGCUCAGCCCGAGAAUGGCUGGCGUUCGCUCAAGGACUUCACCCACGUUCCUUACAAUGGAAAGCACUUGGUCUAUGCAAGCUACCGAGACUCGAGCAAGUACGGCUCGAUGGCCUUCUCUCCUUUCUCUACCUGGUCCGACAUGGCAUCAGCUCAGCAGACUGCUCAGACCCAGGCUGCCGUUGCACCUACGAUCUUCUAUUUUGCUCUCAAGGACGUGUGGGUCCUCGCUUCUCAGUGGGGCGCCUGGGCCUUCUCCUACAGGCUUAGCCACGACCCAACCAACCCCAACGGCUGGUCUUCGCCCCAGCCCUUGUUCUCGGGCAAGAUCAAGGAUGCCAUUGAUCAGACCCUCAUUGGUGACAGCAGCAAUAUGCAUCUCUUCUUUGCUAACGACAAUGGCAAGAUCUACCACUCCAAGAUGGCCAUCGACAGUUUCCCUGGCGACUUCGGCACCGCUGCGGAGGUCGUGCUUAGCGAAGAUCGAGCUAAGCUCUUCGAGGCCGUUCAGGUGUACACCGUCAAAGGUCAGAACAAGUAUCUGAUGAUCGUCGAGGCUAUGGGCACCACCGGCCGCUACUUCCGUUCAUACAUUGCUAGCAGCUUGGACGGUCCCUGGACUGUGCAGGCAGACUCGGAGAGCGCUCCUUUCGCCGGCAAGGCCAACGUUGCUGUCUCCUGGACCAACGACAUCAGUCACGGUGACCUGGUCCGAUGCAACCCGGACCAGACCAUGACCAUUGACCCUUGCAAGCUGCAGAUGCUCUACCAGGGCAAAGAAAAGAAUGCUGAGCAAGGUCCUACGUACGACCUCGCUCCUUACCGCCCCGGUCUCCUUACCCUCCAGCGCUAA